AUGGAGUCACUUAAACCAAACGCGAUUCGAACUCACUUCGCCGCCAUUUCCAAAACCAUUCGCAUUUUCGAACUCUGCAUCCUCCUUCUCCUUCUCUCCUGGACUCUCACGCGCCUCCCUCUCGCCGUUUCCAUCUCCGCCGACUUUCUCCGUAAACUCGCCGCUAAUCCUCUCUUCAUCUUCGCCGUCUCUAACGCCAUCAUCGCCGCUCUCCUCGCACAAUCCGGCCGUUUCUCCGGCGGAAACACCGACGACAACGCUGGUGCCGGUAAACUCUACCGCGAGUUUAUGAAUAGCCGCGACCACCAGCCUCCGUCUCCGGAAGUCGAAACUCCGUUAGUUGCGGCUGUUGCGACUGUCUCGACGGAGGUGAAGUGUCAGGACAAGGAGGUAAUAUCUGAAACCGUUCCGGCUCCACUCGUUCCAGAUCAAGAAGGUGGAUCCGGUUCCGAUUUUGCUAACUUCCGACGGAGUCAGUCGGAGAAAUGGAAAGGAGAAGCCGGAAAGAUGCAGAGACGGAAACAGCUCCGGCGAUCGGAAACAGAGAAGCUUCGAGAAACUGUGAAAGAAAAUUUGUAUCCGCAGGAUAAGCUGAGUAACGAAGAGUUUCAACGCGCUAUUGACGCGUUCAUCGCAAAGCAAAUGAGGUUUCUGAGAGAAGAUUCUUCCGCCAUUGUUGUUCGGAAAACUUCGUAG